AGCAAGGUGAGGCACCACCAGUACCAACCGGGCUCCGAGUUCAUCACGCACGCAUGGAAGGCUCGGCGGCACAGGCGCCGGGGAAGACCGUCCUGAGGGUGGUGGCGAUCUCCGGCUCGCUGCGCAGGGCGUCGGCCAACACCGGCCUCAUCCGCGCCGCCGCGGAGAUCUGCAGGGAGUCGAUCCCGGGGCUGGAGGUGGAGCACGUGGACAUCUCGGAGCUGCCGCUGCUGAACACCGACCUGGAGGGCCCGGGCCCCGGCGCGUUCCCGGCGGCCGUCGAGGCGUUCCGCGGCAAGGUGCGCGCCGCCGACUGCUUCCUGUUCGCGUCGCCCGAGUACAACUACUCCAUCUCGGGCCCGCUCAAGAACGCGCUGGACUGGGGGUCGCGCCCGCCCAACUGCUGGGGCGACAGGGCCGCCGCCAUCCUCAGCGCGUCGGGCGGGUCGGGGGGCAGCCGCUCGCAGUACCACGUCCGCCAGGUCGGCGUCUUCCUCGACCUCCACUUCGUCAACAAGCCCGAGGUGUUCACCAGGGCGCACCAGCCGCCCAGCAAGUUCGACGACGACGGCAACCUCGUCGACCCGGACACCAAGGACCAGGUCACCAAGGUGCUCCUGGCGCUGCAGGCUCUCGCGCUCAGGCUGCACCUGGGGAAGCUCGCUGUUGCUGCACACUCUUCUUGAACGUCGUCGUCGUCGGGGGUGCACUAAACUACACUACACAUCGUCGCCGAGCUCCAAAUGCCGUGCCGUGUCCGUGUGUGCGCGCUUCAAUAAAUUCUCGGCGUCCAACUUUU